CCUGGCUGGCAGCGCGGAGGCCGCAGGAUGCCUGGAGUUACUGUAAAAGACGUUAACCAGCGGGAGUUCGUCAGAGCUCUGGCAGCCUUCCUCAAAAAGUCUGGGAAGCUGAAAGUCCCAGAAUGGGUGGACACAGUCAAGCUGGCCAAACAUAAAGAGCUUGCCCCAUAUGAUGAGAACUGGUUCUACACAGGAGCUGCUUCCACAGCACGGCACCUGUACCUCCGUGGUGGUGCGGGGGUUGGUUCCAUGACCAAGAUCUACGGAGGACAGCAAAGAAACUGUGUCAGGCCCAGCCACUUCAGCAGAGGCUCUAAGAGUAUGGCCCGCUGGGUCUUCCAAGCCCUGGAGGGGCUGAAAAUGGUGGAAAAGGACCAAGAUGGGGGCCGCAAGCUAACACCUCAGGGACAGAGAGAUCGGGACAGAAUCGCUGGACAGGUGGCAGCUGCCAACAAGAAGCAUUAGAACAAAGAAUGCUGGGUUAAUAA